CAGCCAGAAACACAGCUGUACUGGGAGAAAUGGUGGACUAUUAUAAUAUCUUGGGAGUGUCUCACAAUUCCUCUCAAGAAGAUAUCAAAAAAGCUUACCGAAAAUUGGCACUGCGAUGGCAUCCGGACAAGAACCCAGAUAAUAAGGAAUAUGCGGAACAGAAAUUUAAGGAAAUUGCGGAGGCGUAUGAAGUACUAUCGGACAAAAGUAAACGAGAAGUUUAUGACAGAUAUGGAAAGGAUGGAUUAAUCGGAGGAGGCGGCAGAGGCCCCACCGUGGACACGGAGUUCCCAGGCUUUAUGUUUUCAUUCCGAAGCCCUGACGAAGUAUUUAGGGAAUUUUUCGGUGGGCGAGAUCCUUUUGCAGAGCUAUUUGAAGACUUUGGUCCGUUUUCUGAAGUGGGAGGGAUCGACCAAAGUCAACGAGUACCUGGAUCGUUCUUUUCAUUCUCUAUCCCCACGGGAUCAGGUACGUCAGAG